AACAACUCUCCACUCUCACUUUCAAUUUCAAUUCCCAUUUUCAGUUUCAGCCUCUUUAUUCUCCCAAAAAAAAAAAAAAAACCCUCAUCUCAAGAACUGGAAAAGAGAAGGUCUGUAAAUUGCAGGCUCACAUGGAGGCCAUGGAGGUUGAAUCACAAGAACCCAAUAGACCAGAAAGUGUUCUUGGUCCUAGAAAGCCUCGUCUCAACAAUUAUGCUUUUGCUUGCGCUCUUUUGGCGUCCACUAUCUCCAUCUUGUUAGGCUAUGAUAUUGGUGUGAUGAGUGGUGCAGUACUUUUCAUUAAAGAAAAUCUGAAAAUCACAUCUACCCAAGUAGAGAUUUUGGUGGGUAUCCUAAAUGUGUGUUCGCUCAUAGGCUCGUUGGCUUCAGGGAAAACAACAGAUUAUUUAGGGAGGCGUUACACUAUAGUUCUAGCUGCAGCCGCAUUUCUGAUUGGAGCACUUGUCAUGGGCCUAGCACCAUCUUUUCCUUUCCUCAUGGCCGGUCGUGUUAUCGCCGGAAUAGGUGUCGGUUACGCCCUCAUGAUCGCUCCAGUGUACGCUGCCGAGGUCUCUCCUGCCAUGACUCGUGGAUUCCUAACCUCUCUACCAGAGGUCUUCAUUGUUUUUGGAAUUCUGCUAGGCUACAUUAUCAACUAUGCAUUGUCAGGUCUGCCACAGCACGUUAACUGGAGGCUAAUGUUAGGUCUUGCAGGGAUCCCAUCUUUAUUCAUUGGUUUUGGGGUUUUAGCAAUGCCAGAAUCACCUCGCUGGCUUGUAAUGAAAGGUAGGUUGGGUGAGGCAAAAAGGGUUUUAAUUAAAGUAUCAGACAGCGCAGAGGAAGCUGAGGUUAGGCUUGUUGAAAUAACACAAGCAGCUUCAUCUGGUUCAGGCCAUGGUGGUUCUUCAACUUCUAGUUGGCAUGGACAAGGGGUUUGGAAGGAACUUCUGUUAAGGCCAUCUCCGCCGGUUCGCAGGAUGCUUAUUGCAGCUAUUGGGAUCAAUUUUUUCAUGCAAGCUUCAGGUAAUGAUGCAGUUAUAUACUACUGCCCUGAAGUGUUCAAGGCAGCAGGAAUCCACAGCAAGAAAAUGCUAUUUGGUGUGAAUGUGAUCAUGGGAUUUGCUAAAACUUUCUUUGUUUUAGCAUCGGCUCUUUACCUGGAUCGGUUUGGAAGAAGGCCUCUUUUGCUGUUGGGCUCCUCAGGAAUGGCAAUUUCGCUAGUUGUGUUGGGCUUGGGAUCUAAGUUCCUUGAGCACUCUACCAGCAAGCCAGUGUGGGCUAUUGUGAUGUGUAUAGUAGCAGUUUGCGGGUUUGUUUCCUUCUUUUCUAUUGGGCUUGGACCCAUUACAUGGGUCUACUCAUCGGAGAUUUUUCCGUUGAGGUUACGGGCUCAGGGCUCAGGCUUGGCCAUAUCAGUGAAUCGGUUGGUAAGUGGAGUGUUGUCCAUGACGUUUCUGACCAUCGCCGAGAAGAUAACGUUUGGGGGAGUGUUUUUUGUGCUUGCAGGAAUAAUGGUAAUUGGUACAGUGUUCUUUUAUGUGUUUAUGCCAGAGACGAAAGGCAAGACCCUGGAAGAGAUUGGGGCUCUUUUUGAAUGCACUGACAAUGCAAAGGAAAUGAGAGAAAAGUAGUAGUGUUUGAGGCAUGAGACACUGUAACAAAUAUAGGUUUCAAUAUCAUUUUUUAAGGAUAAUAAAUAACGUAAAGGCAACGUA